AUGGUGUGGACUUAUCAUAAGUAUUAAAAUUACACAUACAUUGUUACACUGAGGAUCACAUGUUGGAUGUUGGAUGUUGGAUAAUAACUACUUCAUUUGUAUCACUACUUAACUGGCUUUUGAAGACCAGAAGAAAACACAUUGCUAUGAUGAAGUUUCAUCGGCUGAUUUUUUCCACAUGCUUUCUCUUUGGACUGAUACUUUUUGCACAGUCGGUGGAUACAGAAGGGAAGUGCCCUGUAUUUGAAUUUGCCUGUAAAAACGGAUCAGAGUGUAUCCCGUCGGAAUGGAGAUGUGACAGGGACUUUGAUUGCAAGGACUCUAGCGAUGAAGAGAACUGUGAAGGAAAAGUUUGUGAUCCUGAAGUGGAGUUCCAAUGCGUUGGUACAUCAACAUGCAUUCCACAUGGAUGGUUCUGCGAUGGCAUUGAUGACUGUGGAGACAACUCGGAUGAGCAAGGAGAUGAAUGUGAGACUCCGCCCGAGAGCUGCUCUAUAGAUCAGUAUCAGUGUCCGGGCACGAAUGACUGUAUCCCUCUCAGCUUGCUAUGUAAUAGAAAGAUUGACUGCGGAGAUAGGUCAGAUGAAGGCAGUCACUGUGUGGAUCAAAAUGAUAAGUGUGCAGAAAAGCACUGUCAGGAGAUGUGUAGAUAUUCCAUAUUUGGUGCUCGAUGUUAUUGCCGAGAGGGACGCCAGCUGAAUCCAGACAAUAGAUCAUGUUCUGAUUAUAAUGAGUGUGAAAUGGUACGAGUUCCUGUGUGUGACCAGACAUGCGUAAACCAGGACUCUGCUAUUAAUACGUGCAAAUGUGUAGAAGGGUUCUCUCUUCAAGAAGAUAAAAGAACAUGCAAAUCAGAUACAUCAACAAAUGCGUUUUUGUUAGUUGCAAGUGGUGAGAAGAUCAUGAAAAUGUCGCUUCUUGGUAAAGGUUUAUCAGAUGAUCUGACAGCAGAGCGAGCAAAUGCCAUCAACUACGACAUUAAAAGGGAGAAGGUGUGUUGGAUAAACAGAACAAGAAAUGGAAGAUUUUUAAGCUGUGUCAAUUCAACAACACUGACAAAUCCAAAAGAAAUAAAAAUGGCCUUUGAUUUGAGUGGGGUUGAACAGUUUGCUAUUGAAUGGACAACUGGUAAUUUUUACUUUGUGGACAGUCGAUCAGAACGGAUAUUUAUAUGCACCGGCCGUGAUGACAAUAAUCACUGUUUAACCAUCGUGUCGAAUGGGUUGGCUAACCCUAGGGGUAUUGCAAUAGACCCAGCUGCAAGGUAUUUCUUUGUCUCGGAUUGGAGUACGAACCCGAAAAUCAUCAGGUAUUCAAUGAAUGGUAGUGCAGAAAUCAUUGUUAAAACAAAGAUAAGUCUUCCUCAGUGCUUAACCCUCGAUAUAUUCACAAGGAGAGUCUAUUGGACAGAUGCCUCCAUGGACCACAUUCAAAGCAUACCAUACGACGGCAACCAGGGCCUAAGGUACACCAUAAUCAGCGGUCCAGAUAAGAUUGAUCAUCCAUAUGGUGUAGCUGUGUUUGAAAAUUACAUGUACAGCACCAACUGGAGGGAACAGUUUGAGAUUAGGAAAACGAACAGGUUCCAGUCGUUUAGCAACACCUCGGAGAUACUUAACAAAGGUUCAAAGCAGAGUGCGGCAAUACAGGUGUUUCACUCGUCAUUACAGCCACCUAUUGACCAUGAUUGUGCCGUUGACAAUGGAGGCUGUGAACAUUUCUGUUUGAUCAUCGAUGGACUUAAGAAAGAUUACUGUCGCUGUAGUAUUGGAUUUUAUCUGAAUGACGAUGGUACUUGCACGCGCCAUAAUGUUACGGAAGGCUUCCUGAUAUACGGAAAGGGAAUGCCUGGUGCCAUUAAAGGCAUAUCCAUAAAUCCUGAUGAUAAGUAUGAUGUCAUUGAGCCGUUGCUCAAUAUGGAUAGUCCUAGAGGUAUCGAUUUUGACAUCAAGGAAGAAAAAAUAUAUUAUGCAGACAGCGUUGCAUUCAAAAUCCAAUCUAGAGCACUUGUUGGAGAAAGCUCGGAAGAAUUACUUAACCAAUAUGUUUUCCAAUGUGAAGGAAUCGCUGUUGACUGGGUCGCGCGUAACCUUUACUGGACGGAUGAUGGACUCAAGAGGAUUAGCAUGGCAAAUCUGACGGGUGAUCUUCGAAGCACACUGAUCACCACAAACUUAACGCAUCCACGGGCUAUUGUAGUGGAUCCCGAUGACGGGUACAUGUUCUGGACCGAUUGGUCAGAUUACGGUUUCCAAACGGCCAAAAUUGAGCGUGCAUACCUUGAUGGUACCAAUCGUGAGGCACUAGUGUCAGGCGAGUUAAUUAUGUGGCCUAAUGGUCUCGCUCACGAUAAGUCCACUGAAUAUCUGUACUGGUGUGAUGCAUUCUUUGAUGAGAUUAGCAGGAUACGUUCAGAUGGCUCUGGAAGAGAAAUCAUAUAUAAUGGAGCGAAGCUUGAGACGCCAUUUGGUCUUACAUUUCUUAAUGACAUGCUCUUUUGGACUGAGAGGCGGUCGGGCAAGAUAUAUCGUUACGAUCUAGGAAGUAAUGGAAGUCCGCCUCUUCUGCUAAGGGACGAGGGUAAAGACAUAUUUGGAAUUCGUGCAUAUUCGUCAUCACUCCAACCACCUGCAGUUGACAAUAACUGCUCUGAGCAAAAUGGAGGAUGUGACCAGCUUUGCACAUACACACCCUUAGGAGUUAAGUGUCUAUGUAUGGAUGGUUAUCAGUUAAGUGUAGACAACAGAACCUGCAUACCAGACCCUGACAAGCCGCUUGGCACACACUGUGAGGCCAAUGAAUUUACCUGUAAAAAUGGGCGUUGCAUACGAAUUGACUGGAAGUGCGAUGGCGACAAUGACUGCGGUGAUGGAACUGAUGAAACGGAAGAAACGUGCAACCCUGACAAGCCGCUUGGCACACACUGUGAGGCCAAUGAAUUGACCUGUAAAAAUGGGCGUUGCAUACGAAUUGACUGGAAGUGCGAUGGCGACGAUGACUGCGGUGAUGGAACUGAUGAAACGGAAGAAACGUGCAAGGAUAAGGAGUGUGCUGUCACUCAAUUUAUGUGCUCAAAUUUUAAAUGUAUUCCCAAAAAAUACAUUUGUGAUGGUGAUGAUGAUUGCGCCGGCGGAUAUGAUGAGACUGACGAAAUAUGUAGCACAAUCACAUGUUCACCAACGGAAUUCACAUGUGCAAAUGACAAGUGCAUAGAUCCCGUCUGGAUAUGUGACCGUGAAGAUGAUUGCGGCGACAACAGCGAUGAGGAAAAUUGCAAAUAUGGAACCUGUAAUGAGAAUGAGUUUUCUUGCACAAAUGGACGUUGUAUCAACAUCAAUUGGCGUUGUGACACUGAUGACGACUGUGGUGACAACUCAGAUGAGGCCGAUUGUCGUUACCGUUGUGACAGUAGCACGCAGUUCACUUGCAACUCUCGACAGUGUAUUGGCUUAGAAUUUGUGUGCAACGGCGUUAAUGAUUGCAAUGAUGGUAGUGAUGAGACGAAUUGCACAUCUGUUCCACCAUUUCUAUGCGAAAGUAAUCAGUUUCAUUGCGGCUCAGGAAUUUGUAUACCUGAUACGUUUGUGUGCGAUGCAGAUGAAGACUGCAAUGAUGGGUCAGAUGAGCUUGAUUGUGGAACCGGUGAAUUUACUUGCGAGGAAAAAGAGUAUCAAUGUGCUAAUGGUCAGUGCAUCCCCUUGGAUUGGAAAUGUGACGGUGACCCAGAUUGUGAAGAUGGUACUGACGAAUUAGACACUGUUUGUCCUGCAACACUCUGUAAUAACGGAGGAUGGUUGUGCCCGAACCAUACCCUCUGUAUCCCGUUGAGUAAUCUUUGUGACGGUGCCGAACAUUGUCCCAGUGGUCACGAUGAAGGUUCUGGUUGUGAUGUUGAUAAAUGUACACAUCCUAAUAUGGGUUGUACUGAUGGCUGCCAAAAUGCUCCAGUUGGUUACUAUUGCACAUGCCCAGAUGGUUCUGUACUUGAUAAUGAUAAGAGCACGUGUAUACCAGAUAUGAACAUGUGCGAUAAAAAGCGCUGUAGUCAGCAAUGUACGAACCUUAAAGGGAACUUCACCUGCAGUUGCUAUAAAGGAUACCGUAUGAUGGAUGACAGGUGGACAUGCAAAUCGACUGUUGAUUUCGCUCCUCUGUUAGUGUACUCCAAUCGACAUCAACUUCGUUUCCUCAAUAUGGAAAGUGAGGAGUACGGUAUCUUGGUUACUGGUAUGAGAAACACGAUUGCUCUGGAUUUCUACCAAGCUGAAAACUCUGUGUUUUGGACCGAUGUGGUUGACGACAAAAUUUACCGUGGAUAUCUGACAAAUGAAACGUUAAAUGAGGGGGCAGGACUUAUCAACCGUACUGUUGUAGUAUCAUCUGGGCUGGCCACUGCAGAGGGUCUUGCUGUGGAUUGGAUUGGUCAGAACCUCUACUGGGUUGACAGUCUAUUAGAUCAGAUUGAAGUUGCCAAGCUGAACGGUUCUCAUCGUACAACGGUCAUUGCUGGCAACAUGGAAAGCCCCAGGGCAAUUGCUUUGGAUUCAAGAAAGGGCAUUAUGUUUUGGACUGACUGGGAAAACAGCAUGCCUCGUAUAGAAUCAGCAACGAUGAGUGGUAUGAACAGAUCUAUUAUCAUAACGGUGGAUAAACUGUCUGGAGGCUGGCCUAACGGGCUGACACUUGACUAUGAAGAAGACCGAAUACUUUGGAUCGAUGCCAGAUCUGAUAGUAUCCACUCAGCAUUUUACAAUGGCAGUGACAUCAGGAUCAUACUGAAGGGACACAAGUUCUUGUACCAUCCUUUUGCCAUCACAAUGUUUGAAGGUUACCUCUACUGGACUGACUGGAGGACUAACAUGGUGUACAAGGCUAGGAAGUGGGAUGGGAAUGACCUACAAGCUGUACAGAAGACUCAGACCCAGCCAUUUGAUAUCCACAUUAUACACCCACAGAGGCAACCGCAAGCUGAAAACCCAUGUGCAAAUGGUGCUGGGUGUUCCCAUAUUUGUCUCCUGAAUGGAGUAGAGCCCGCAUGUCUCUGUCCUCACAUGAUGAAACUUGGAUCUGAUAUGAAAACCUGCGAAGAUGACAUAGCAUUCCUUGUGAUCCUAAAACCAACUGUGAUUCGUGGUGUUGAUCUGAGUGAUGGGGAUUUCAGCGUGAUUCCAUCGUGGACGCUUCCGCGCAUACUCAACGUCAGUUCCAUAACGUUCUCCUCCAGUGAGGGCAGAUUCUACUGGGUUGAUGUUAACAGGAAGACAAUAAGUAAAGCUUUCAUUAAUGGAACCGGUCUUGAGACUGUUGUAGCGGGCGUUAUGGGCGGUACAAGUAUUGCUUUAGACUGGAUCACGGGUAAUAUCAUGUGGACCAGUAAUGGCAUCAACAAGGGACAGAUCAACGUGGCCAAGCAGGAUGGUAGUUACAGAAAUGUUGUUCUCGGUGGCUUAGAAAAGCCGACCAGUCUCGUACUACAACCUUCAAAAGGAAAAAUGUACUGGAUAAGUAAUGGAACUAUAGAGCAGUCAACAAUGAAUGGAACUGAAAGAAGCACGCUAAUAGGCAAUCUUAAAAAUCCGACAAGCAUUGCUCUGAGCAGGGACGGACUCAAGUUAUAUUGGGCAGACAGCAGUAAAAUCGGUGUCUACGCUCUCAAAGACGAUAGCCAAUCCAUCUUUUACACGCUUGACAAUAACACUACCGUAAUUGCUCUGGCUGCCCAUGAAGAUUUCCUCUUUUUCGCCGACAAUGCAAGUAGUGUAUUUUCUGUAACAUAUGCAGAAAAAACAGUGAAAACAAUUAAGGAAGAUUAUUCAGGUGUUAAUGAACUCCUUGUCUAUGACCAAAAUGCACAACCAUCGUCCACAAAUGCCUGCUCCAAAUCGGACUGCCAACAGAUGUGUUUGCCAUUAUCAGAGACCGAAAAGACAUGUCUAUGCACUGCAGGGUAUGUGCUUGACUCAAAGCAACGGAGCUGUAAUGGUAUCAAUUCAUUUUUAUUGUACUCUGUGGACAGCAGUAUUCAAGGCUUAUCCCUAUCUGGUGACUCUUCAGAGCAGGCACUUACACCAAUUACAGGAACAGCAUUGAGUGUUUCCAUAGAUUUUGACUACAAGAGUGAUUAUAUCUACUGGGUUGAUACAGCGACCAGCAAGAUCCGUCGCAUCAAACGUGACCUGUCAGGACGUGAAGGCAUAAUCACCGAUGGCUUAGGACGUGUUGAAGGCAUUGCAUUUGAUUGGAUAGCUAACAACUUGUACUGGACGGAUCAGCAGCUUGACCUUAUUGAGGUUGCCAGUGCCAACGGAUCUCAUCGUUAUGUUUUGAUAUCGGACAACUUGGAGAAGCCUAGAUCAAUUGCUGUGUAUCCACAGAAGGGAUUAUUGUUUUGGUCAGACUGGGGCAGAAAUCCCAAAAUUGAAAGGAGUACAUUAGCAGGUACUGCUCGUAAGGUACUUGUAAACACGAGCAUUUCGUGGCCAAAUGGCAUUACGAUUGACUAUGAGAUGAACCACGUCUACUGGUGCGAAGCACAGUUCAACAAGAUUGAAAGGAUCAAAAUCGAUGGGACUGGACGGUACAUUGUUGUUGAAGCUGGACUCCAAGAUCCGUUCUCCAUCACCAUAUUAGAUGACAUGAUGUACUGGACAGACAGAACUCAUGAAGGUGGCUCUAUAAGGAAAGCAAACAAGACAACGGGUAACGACACAGUUUUGUUGCGGAAGAAUAUCGGCAUCCAAAUUAAAGAUAUUCAUGCAUUCCAUAAGAGCAAACAAACAGGCACAAAUAAUUGUUCUGCCUUGAUUAAUCCAUGUGAACAGCUGUGCUUCUACGUUGGUGAUCAACAUUUCCAGUGUGCAUGUGCCUAUGGUGUCCUCAAUGAUGACGGAAGAACUUGCAGAAAUUACAAUGCUUUCAUAGUGUAUUCUGAACGGAAUCUCUUGCGUGGCCUAAGUAGUAUGGAGGACAAUAAUGACAUGUACCAAAAUGCAUUUGAACCAAUCAAAAAUGCCAAUAUUAAAAAUGCGGUUAGCCUCGCUGUAGACUACAACAACCAGAAGCUUUUCUACACAGACAUUCAAUUGGGCAACAUCGAGUCGAUUAGGUUCAAUGGAACUGGACAGGAAACGGUUGUAUUUGGUGUUCGGUCUGCUGAAGGUCUGACCUAUGACCCAGCAUUCCAGGAGCUUUACUGGACAAGCUACAGCAACUCGUCUAUCAACCGCCUUAAGCUUAAUAGUGAGCCUGAAAUUAUUGUCCAACUGUCAUCCAAUGACAGGCCCAGGGGAAUUGUAGUGGACUCAUGCACAGGAUAUUUAUAUUGGACUAACUGGAAUGAGAAUUCCCCAAGUAUCAUGAAAUCUCGUACAAAUGGCUUCCAGACGCAAACGAUUAUAACAGAGGAUAUUCGCACGCCAAAUUCCAUUGCGUUGGAUCAUACUGCUCAGAAGCUAUAUUGGGCUGACGCUCGUUUGGACAAGAUAGAAAGGUGCGAAGUUGAUGGGACAAAUAGACAUAUAAUAUUGACAUCGGACCCAGUCCAUCCGUUCGGCCUUGUGGUUCAUGAAGACUACCUCUACUGGACUGACUGGGUGCGCCGUGCAGUAAUACGUGUGGAUAAAUAUACAGGUGGCAAUCUAGUGGUGGUGCGCAAACAGCUCCCUCAACAGCCUAUGGGAAUCACAAUUGCAUUUAAUGAUACAGAAAAAUGCUCACUGUGGCCCUGUAGUAACAUCAACAACGGAGGCUGUGAGGGCACUUGCAGUACAGAUGAGUUUGGACUUGUUAAGUGCACAUGUCCACCAGAGAAGCUCGUCUCAGAUACAUACAGAUGCAUUAAUAAAACCAUAGUAUGUCCAGAUGGUUUGUACGCUUGUCAUGAUGGUACCUGCAUUAGCUAUGAGUCUACCUGUGAUGGACUAGAUGACUGCCCUGAUGGUUCAGAUGAAACGGAAAUUUACUGCUCAAUGAGAACAUGCAGAGAGGGCUAUUUUACUUGUCGUAGCGGCGGGUGCAUUUCAUUUGCUUUGCGAUGUAAUGGCAAUGAGGACUGUCAUGAUGGGACGGAUGAAGAGGAUUGCGUCUCGACGUGUGAUGAAAAUGAAUUCCAAUGCGAUAAUGGAAAUUGUAUUGACUCUUCACGUCGAUGUGAUUUCGGUGUCGAUUGCGAAGAUGCCACUGAUGAAAUUGGUUGCCCUGACAAAAAAUGUAGUUCAUUUGCGAUGUUCCGCCUGGAAGUGCCGCUUCCUGAUGGAAUGGUCUUAAAUGAGUGCACCAACACCACUCUGUGCUAUCUACCCUCCUGGAGGUGUGAUGGGGAGAAUGAUUGUGGAGAUAACAGCGAUGAGAUUGGAUGCGAUCCAACAAAACAGCCAGAAUGCGAAAGUGAUUUCUUUCUCUGCACCAAUACAAAACGGUGCAUUCCAGCAGCAUGGAAAUGUGACCAAGACAACGACUGCGGUGACAAUGAGGAUGAAGAUGAAUCAUGUGAAUACACAUGUCUGGAUGGCCAGUACCAGUGUGAAUCUGGUAGGUGCAUUCCUGAAGCUUGGAAAUGUGAUGGCGAUAAUGAUUGUGGUGACCAAUCAGACGAGGUCGAUAUCUGCGAUACCAAGACUUGUGCUUCAGGCAUGUUUUUGUGUGAAGGAUCUAACAUCUGUAUUUCGUUAUCUUGGCUGUGUGAUGGGGAUGUUGAUUGCGUGAAUGGUACCGAUGAGUACCCUGUAAUGGACUGUGCUCAUACUAGUUGCUAUGAAGGUGAAUUUGCGUGUGCAAACGAGCGCUGUAUCCAAGAAUCAUGGACAUGUGAUCAUGAGGAUGAUUGCGGUGACAAUAGUGAUGAACAUGAUGCAUGCGAGUAUGCAAAGUGCACAGACAAUGAAUUUGAAUGCGCAAACCUAAGGUGUGUGGUAAAGAGCUGGCGGUGCGAUGGUGCCGAUGAUUGCCAGGAUAACUCAGACGAGGACGGUUGUGAUGACAGCCCAUUUUGCUGUACAGAAUCAUCCGAUAAGUGCUUAAACUCAACAGUUGUUUGUGAUGGAAAUCUUGAUUGCGAAAAUGGAGCUGAUGAACGAAAUUGCAACACGACGUGUACUGGGAAUCUAGGGUUAUUACUGUGUCAACACACUUGCAUCGAUACAAAACAAGGAUACAAAUGCGUUUGUAACACAGGCUAUCAACUGCAAAGUGAUGGAUAUACGUGCGAAGACUUAAAUGAGUGCAAUACAACAUUUCCUUGCUCGCAACAGUGCUUCAACAGUAUCGGAAGCUACCGCUGUGGUUGUUCUCCAAAUUAUAUUCUUGAUCUAGAUGGUCGAAGAUGCAAAGCAAAUUCAGAUGUUACGCCAAUUAUCUACUUCUCCAAUCGAUAUUUUAUACGGAAGGUCGAUUCAGACGGCCACAAUUAUGAACGUGUGUCACAGCUGUUGCCGUUGGUCAACGUAGUGGCAUUGGAUUUUGAUUGGUAUGAGAUGAAACUGUACUGGUCAGAUGUUACCCAAACUGGAAGCAAGAUCAGCCGUAUGAAUAUGAAUGGAACUGACAUUGAGGAUCUUCAUAAACUUGGUGUAAGAAACCCAGACGGAUUAGCAGUGGAUUGGAUUGGCCGUAACCUGUAUUGGUGUGACAAGGGCUUAGAUGUGAUAGAAGUUUCGAAGUUGAAUGGACAGUACCGCAAGACUCUCAUUAAGAAGGGCCUUGAUGAGCCAAGAGCCAUUGUUCUGAAUCCAGUAAAAGGAGAAAUGUUUUGGACUGACUGGGGUGUAAAUCCUUACAUUGCCAGAGCAGAUAUGGAUGGUGAAAAUGUACAAAAGAUUGUAACUGAGAAGUUAGGCUGGCCAAAUGGUCUGACUAUCGACUACACGACAGAUUACAUUUUCUGGGCUGAUGCUAGGGAGGAUCGCAUAGAGUUUUCCACCAGUACGGGACAGAACAGGAGAACAAUUAUUAGUCACAGUACUCCACAUAUUUUUGCACUCACCAUGUUUGAGGACUGGAUUUACUGGACCGAUUGGGAGAACCGGACAAUAAACAAAGCUCAUAAGUACACUGGUUUAAACCAGACGGUACUUGUUACUAGUCUUCACCGACCGAUGGAUUUGCACGUAGUCCACCCUUUAAGACAAGUUUCAGGUAAUUUCAACCCUUGUGCGGUUAAACCAUGUUCCAACCUGUGUCUCCUAACCCCUGAUCAGCACUUCACAUGUGCAUGUCCGAAUAACUUCUACCUAGCAGGCGAUAAGACCAGCUGUGUGUCAAACUGUUCCGCCAGCCAGUUCACAUGUGGAAAUGACAAAUGCAUACCAUAUUGGUGGCGCUGUGAUGGAGAAGAUGAUUGCGGCGAUAGAACAGAUGAACCGGACAGUUGUCCUGAAUUCCACUGCCAGUCUGGUCAGUUUCAGUGCACUAACUCUACAGCAGACAAUGCACAGUGUAUCAAUCCGUCGUUUCUGUGUGAUGCAGACAAGGACUGUGAGGAUGGAUCAGAUGAAGUAAACUGUUUUUCUCACACAUGUUUACCAAGUCAGUGGAAAUGUUUGAAUGCUUCGAAAUGCAUUUCUUUGUCGUAUCGGUGUGAUGGAAUUAAUCAUUGUCCCAGAGCAGAUGGCGGAAUAGCGGAAGAUGAGGACAACUGUCCAUCACCAACUUGCUCACCUAGCCAUUUCAAAUGUGAGGUUACCGGUCAGUGUAUACCAAAUACGUGGGUGUGUGAUCGUGAGGAGGAUUGUGUUAACGGGACUGAUGAGUCAAACUGUACUAAUCAUCAAGACAAAACAUGUGCGUCUGAUGCGUUCCUGUGUGACAAUGGAAAUUGUAUUCCGGAAGCCUGGCACUGUGAUGGAGAGAAUGAUUGUUCUGACAGCUCAGAUGAGUUGAAUUGUGGUGAAACCACAAGCUGUCCAGUAUCCAAAUUCCAGUGUGCACAAUCCAAACGUUGUAUACCACUACGCUGGAAGUGUGAUUUUGACCCAGACUGUUCUGAUGGAUCAGAUGAGCAAAAUUGUCCAAAUUACACAUGCAGUCCAGAAGAGAGGGGCUGUACCCAUGGCAACCGCUGCAUUCCCAUCCGAUGGUGGUGCGAUGAAGAGGAAGAUUGUGAUGACGGCUCUGAUGAAGCUGACUGCGAUAAGAACACUAAUCCUUCCUGUAAUGGUAAUGAGUUCCAGUGUAACAAUACUCAUUGUAUUCCAUCAACGUGGCGGUGUGACUCGGACUUGGACUGCGUGGACGGAUCUGAUGAAAACGAUUGCAAUAUUCAACCAGACAGAGCAUGCUCAGCGGCAGAAUUUACGUGUGACAAUCAAAUUUGUCGACCAUUGGCGUGGGUUUGUGAUGGUGAUGACGAUUGUGGUGACAAUUCUGAUGAAAAACUUGAACAUUGUGCUUUUCCAAGGUGUUUCAGCUACGAGUUCCAAUGUCUAAACAGAAAAUGUAUCCCAUCUGCAUUGAUGUGUGAUGGCAACGAUGAUUGUGGUGAUAAAAGCGACGAGCACUGUGCCGACAGCCACUGUGAGAGCAACCAGUUCAAGUGUUCCAGCUUGCUCUGCAUUGACAACUCGUUGGUUUGUGACCACAUAAACCACUGUGGAGUCAAUGCCUCUGACGAGAUGCACUGUAUGGAUGGUGUUGAAAAUCCAUGCGGGCAAGCAGGCAAUAGACAGUGUGAUAAGUGUGUGCCAACACCAGGGGGCUACUAUUGUCAAUGUCGCGACGGCUUCAAGCUAGAACCAGACAGGUCAUGUUCAGAUAUUGAUGAAUGCAGUGAUUUUGGUUACUGCCCCCAGCUGUGCACCAAUUUAGAGGGAAGUGUUCUUUGUGAAUGUUACGAAGGUUAUAACAAGGAAAUAAAAAAUGGCAAAACCACCUGUAAAGCUGAUGGUGACCCAGAAUACCUUCUCUUACCUGAAAGCUCGGAAGUCAUCAAAUACACACCUGAGCGUGACAGUUAUAAAUCACACUACUCCAGUAGUGUUCGGAUUAGCGCAAUGGACUACCACUACGAAUCAUCUACGAUCUUCAUGAUCACACAACAUGAGAAGGCUAUUACAAAACUUACGCUAUCUGAUGGUUUUAGGAGAAGAAGGGACGUGCCGGUGAACGUGACCCUACCGAUAACAGGAUUGAAUGAUCCGCAAGACAUUGCAGUCGAUUGGGUAUCUGAUAAAAUAUAUUGGACUGACGCCGGUAACGAUGAAAUUCAAGCUGCCGAUCUUGAUGGGAUGAAUCAAAUGACAUUGAUUAACUCGAACCUUGACCAACCACUUUCCAUAGUCCUUCAUCCCAAGAAAGGAAUGAUGUAUUGGAGUGACUGGGGUUCAAAUCCCAAGAUUGAGGUGGCAAACAUGGAUGGUUCUAACAGGACAGACUUGGUAACUAAAGAUUUACAAUGGCCUACUGGCUUGGCACUGGAUUCCACUCAGGAUAGGCUGUACUGGGCUGAUCCAAAGGCAAAGGUUAUAGGAAGCGUAAAACUGGAUGGAACAGAUCGUCGAGUUGUAUUUAACUACACAGCCCUAAUGAUUAAGGGGGAGUACAACAGCUCUGUGGUGAUAGAGCCAUAUGCUCUGGAUAUAUUUGAGGACUGGAUAUAUUUCUUGAACUACAAGAAGAGCGAGAUGAUCCGUAUCAACAAGUUUGGCUUGGGUUCAGUAGAAAUUCUAAAAAACAACACCCGGCAAAUAUCUGAUCUGGUUAUUGUGCAUGAACAGAAACAACAAGCCAUGCCUAAUCCAUGUGAAGCUAUUGCAUGUAAUGGGGGCAUUUGUCUUCUCGGUGACAAAUCAUCAGCUAUCUGCAAGUGUGUUCCUGGUUCAACGUUAAAAGAAAAUAACUGUAUUCCUGGUUCUUGUACGAACUACAAAUGCUUAAAUGGAGGAACUUGUCAAGUAGAUAGUAACAAUGAACCAGAGUGCAGAUGCUUGUUGGGAUAUUCUGGUGAAAAGUGUAAAUCAAGCGUUUGCGAUAAAUAUUGCUUGAACAGUGGUGUCUGUAAAAUUAACGCAAACGGGCAAGCAGUAUGCACUUGCCUGCCCUCAUUUGCUGGUAAAACCUGUGAUCAAAACUUGUGCAAAGGAGUUUGCAAGCACAAUGGAACGUGUAGUGUCAGAAGUGGAUUGAUUACUUGCAUCUGUAAGAAUGGUUUCUAUGGUGACAAUUGUGAACGAUCGAAGAUUGACCCCUGUUUGAACUACUGCAAAAAUGGAGGAAUUUGUUCAAUAAAAGAUGAAGUUGCUCAGUGUUCUUGUCCUGCACGAUAUGUUGGAGUUCAGUGUGUUAAAGAUCGUUGUAGUGGGUACUGUAAAAAUAAUGGCAUCUGUUCCGUAAAAGAAGAAGACCCAAGACCUACUUGCAGUUGCCCAGCUGGUUUCUCUGGGGUCACUUGCUCAACAUCAUCUAGAUCUUCUCAAUCACACAAGCAAUCUAGUCAUCCAGAUUCACUGGCAAUAGCAAUUCCUAUAAUUAUUAUCAUAUUGGUGAUAAUCAUCAUCGGAGCAGUAUUUUGUUACAGACGCCAAAGAUUAAUGAAUGGUUUCAAGCAUUCUAGGCUUGGUUCGGCUGAUGCUGAUAGAAACUUUGGUAAUCCAAUGUAUAUUUAUAAGCCCCACAAUGAAGAUAGUUUACUAGAAUCGCCUUUUGAAAUGGAUAUGGAAAGGACAAGUAAUUUUUCAAACCCAGCUUAUGGAUCUCUUUACAAUGAUCGAAACAGUGGCUCUCAAUUAAGUUUAGAUGAAAAGAAACAUCUUAUUGAUGAUAUAGAGGAUGAUGGUCAACCGCUAAUUGUCGAUGAUUUUGAUAUGUCCUUCUCGGGGUAGCUGGCAACUGGUGCUAUCAACUUUAACAUUCAAGUACAUGGCUAUAUAUAUUGAACUAUAUCACAUACCUGGUAGCUAGAAGAAUAGUGCGUGUUGGAAAAAAGAAAUUGUCGACAACAGGAGGUUUGGGAUUAUGAUAGAUCUAAAUUGCACUUCAAAUUCAGAAAUUGUUGGUAAUUUGUACGUUAAAUGUGCAUAUGAUCUGAUAUUCUCACUUUACUUAAUUCUUGGCAGCUACCGUAAUUAAGUUUACAAAAAGGGUAGUAUGAGAAUAAUUGAGUCAUUUUAAUAAAAUUUCUUAAAUUUCUGGACAAUUCAUGUUCUGUAAUUAGAUACAUUCCAUUUUUGUAAUAAUUUUAAAACUCUAAACAUGAUAUUGUCCAUCUUCUGGAAAACAAUUUAUUUUAAAAUUUUGAAACUCCAUUUUCAGAGAACAAUUAUUAAACAGAUAUGUGUGCUACAAAUUAAAAACUACUACAAAAUUAUAAUCAUCAGGAUUUUUCGAUUAUAUGAUUAUAAACAUUCCAAAACAAUGGAUUUUUCAUUUCUCUUUUUUUUUUCUAAAAAUAUUUUUAUUAAGGAUAAUGCUGUUAACAGUUAGUCCGACCGAUGUAGUAGUAUCUCAUAAUCAAUGAUUUGUAAGUCAAUUUAAUUCAAAUCCAUUAUUUGAACUAUCUGCUGGGGUUGUUUUUUUAUGUUAAAGUACCAAAGUGGUUAUAUUUUUUAUAUUUGCAUAUUUAGCAUCUCUAAAAUUUUCUGUUUUGUGUUUUAUAUCGCUUCAAAAGCUUUAAUAUUGGGUAAUUUCUUUUUUACAUUUUUUACAUUCAUACAUAAAAAAUAGAUGACAUAGAAAGAAAAAUAAUGAGUGCUGUUUCCCAAUAACUGGAUAAUUUUGCAAUUGUUCCUUCCAACUACUUUUGCAAUGUUUAUAGCUUGGAUUUUUUUAGCUUGGAUUGUUUUUCUUCCAUUAUUGUUGACAACCAAUAAACUGUUCCACCCACUUUUACAAUGUCUAUACUUAAAUAAGAGAGGAUGGUGCUGGAAUUUUAAAAAUAGCUACCAGGUAAAAUAUAUUAAAAGCCAUGAAAACAAAAUAUAGUACUAGUUGAACUGAGAAAUGAUAUUUUGUGAUCAAUUGAACUUUAUUUUUGUCAUGUUGAAAAAAGUCAAAUCAUAUGUACUCAUAGAAUGAUGCCAUUUACAGCAAUGCAAUGUGCAUUAUAUAGAGCUCACAGUGUCUAACAUAUGUCUUCAAUUUAACAAAAACUUCCAAUUAAUAAAAUGCAUAUAUUUUAUAAUAUUGUACUCUCCAGUGAAUUAAUUAAGGAUUGUAAUGAAAAUAACAAGGUACAUCAGAAAAACUGUAAUCAUUUACAUAGUUCAAAAUUUCCAUGUUUUCCAUAUUUUUUCCGGAGAUUUUCUUCUCCAAAAUGCAACCUUAUCGAAUAUAAUUAAGAGUGUACAGUAUAUUUUAAGCACGCAAUGUAUGUUAUAAAUUAAUGGUAACAGGGUCCUAAAAGUAGGAUGUAUUUAUAGACAAUGUAUUACAGUAAUUUUCAUUUUGAAGUACAUACCAUUUUUAAGUACAUAUAAUAUGUAUAUGUAUGUUUGUAUGUGAUAUAAAAUAUAAAAAUAUACAUUAUGCAUUUGUUUACAUAUUAUGUGUUGUGUAUACAUGAAAGCAUACAUCUAUACAUAUGUAUAUGUGUAUAUAUACAUAUACAUAUAUGUGUACAGUUUUGUUUGUACAUUGGUUAUGUAUGUAUUAUGGAGCAUGUAUAUGUGUGGUUGUGUUUUGUAAAAUUAGGAUUAUUUUUUGUAUAAAAGAACAGUCCCAAUAUAACUAUGAUUCUCUUAGUAUGUUUUCUUUAAAUCUACAAGCACUUUUUCUUAGAGGGUGAUUGUUUACAGGUAUUAAUUAUUAAUCAUGACAUCAUAUACUAUCUAUAGCUACCUAAGUAUGAAUCUAUGUUUUUCUUAAAUUUUAAAGUUUUUUUUUCUGUUUUCAACAAGUUGGGAAAGAUUUAAAGUGAAAAAAAUCUGCAUAUAUGAUUCUGUAUCUAGACGAUAAAUAUUUUUUUCAAGAUACAUACAUAAGGAAUAUUAUUAUAGUUUGCAGUAGCAAUAUUGUUGUCUGUCUUUCAUGUUGUAUAGUAUGUUUUUUUUUUUUAGAUAUGAUCUAUUAGUUUUUGGCCUUUUGCAUAAAUUAUAGUUUUCCCCAUAAUUAUGUAUAUGUUGUAUAAAAACCCAGAAUUGUCUUCCAGCUUUUUCUUCCUGAAAUGCUAAUAGUAGCAAACGCAUCUGUUUUUAAAGACUACCCUAAAAGUUAUGUAUACAUUAAACUUAUCCGAAGUUUAUUUGGACUGUGCCACCAACGAGCGUACAGAGACUCGGUUUGCUCAUUGAUGGAUCCGUUCUUGAGGAUAAAUACAAAUUUCGGCUGGAAUCUAGGGUAGAUAUACAGUCAGCAUUGUGGUAUGCAUUUUAUUUUAAUUCGUACUUAAUUGGUAGAUUCAAGCUAAGUUUUGUAGAAUAGUGAUUUAAAGUAGAAUAUUAAGACCAUCAUCAUCUAUGUCAUCCCGUUGACUGUACGCCCGAUAGAGGGCAGAACUAUGUUCUUCAGGAACAAGGUUAGAGAGAGUGAGUUUAAGGAUUGAGUGGUGUUAAGGAUCAUUAAAGUAUUCCGAAACAAA